AUGAACAGCGUGCGAGGCAGUCGACAAUCAUAUGUUUUUAUUUUAUUUUUUCGAGUUUUUGACUCGUUGCCUCGUGGCAAACACGGAACAGCGGAUGAUGAGAUGCGAUUGGCAGAAGGCGGAAGUUUAGAAGAACACAACAAAAUUGCAUCCAGAUUGUGUGGUUCCCGGAACGAGACAGUCCGAGCGAGCGCGUGGUCUGACAUCCGAGACAAAAUCACUGCCGACAUCAUGAUCCUUUCUCGUUGCUUGAAAGCACGUCGCAAGAGCAAGGUUCGCCUAAGCAUCCUAAUCAGAUCAGAUCUGGUCACCUGUGAUAACCGGUUCCUCCUUCGUUUCGUCGGUCCGAUGGUCACCGUUGCCCUCAAAGAAUCGUGA